AUGCGCUUUCUUUUCUUUCUCCUUGUUGCCCUUCUUUUUUUUUUCUCUCUCUCGCCUUCUUUUUCUUGUUUUCUCACACUGUUUCCCUCCUCUUACUUUUUCUCCCUUUACCUGCUCUCCUUCUCUUUUCUCUCCAUCCUCUCUCUACCUUCUCUACUUCCUUUUUAUUACCCUGUUCUCCUCCUCUCUUUCUCUAUAUGCUUUGCUUCUCACUCUCCGCGUUUCUUCUCUUUUUUUCUGUCUCUCUGCGUUCCUUCACUUUCUCUCUCUCUCUCUCUCUCUCUCUUUCUCUGUUUUUUCUCUUUGCUCUCUUUCUCUGUUUCUCUCUCUGCCCUCUUUCUUUUCUCUCUCUUUCUGUUCUCUCUCUCAAUGAUUUCCUUUUUCCUUCUCUUUCUUUGUUUUCUUUCUCUUUUUGGGCUCUCCCUCGGCUUCUUUUAUGCUCUCUCCCUCUCUCCGCAUUCCUUCUUUUCUCUCUCUCUCUGCAUUCCUUCUUUUCUCUCUCUCUCUGCAUUCCUUCUUUUCUCUCUCUCUCUCUGUAUUCCUUCUUUUCUCUCUCUCUCUCUGCUUUCUUUCUUUUUCUCUCUCUGCUUUCCUUCUUUUAUGCUCUCUCCCUCUCUCUCUCUCUGCUUUCCUUCUUUUAUGCUCUCUCCCCCUCUCUCUCUCUCUGCUUUCCUUUCUUUUAUGCUUUCUCCCUCCCUCUCUCUCUAUGCUUUCCUUCUUUUAUGCUCUCUCCCUCUCUCUCUGCUUUCCUUCUUUUAUGCUCUCUCCCUCUCUCCCUGCUUUCCUUCUUUUCUCUCUCUCUCCCUCUCUCUACUUUCCUUCUUUUCUCUCUCUCUCCCUCUCUCUACUUUCCUUCUUUUCUCUCUCUCCUUUCCUUCUUUUCUCUCUCCCUCUCUCUCCUUUCCUUCUUUUCUCUCUCUUUGGUUUUCUUCUUUUUUUUUCUCUCUAUCUAUCCUUUUCUUCUGA